AUGGCCUCCGGGGACAAGUCAGUGCCAUCGUCCUCAUCGGACUGGAGUGUUGAGCCGCCGGUCAUCUCACCUGCAAGCCCUUCCCAUCUGACCCACUUCAAGCCACUCACGCCAGAACAGGAUGAGCCGCCGCUGCGGUCAGCGUACAGCUCGUUUGUCAACCUAUUUCGCUUCAACAACAAAGAACAGUCUGGCCGUGCCAGGCAUGCUCCCUUGCAGAAACUGGCGAUUUUGGAGGAUGGUCGACCUGCCUCCACGGUCUCUGACAAGCUGGAUGAGCCACCCCCAUCCCCUCAGUCGGAGAGUCGAAGCUGGUCGUCCAGCCCUUCCCACUCCAGCUACGGCUUAAGAACGCAGCGGAAGUCACACUCUGAUCACCGCAGACGCACCUCCACCGCCUCUGAUAGCAGCAGGAAGUCGGAUACCCCACUGAACAAUCAUGACCCACGGACAGCUGUUCAGCUCCGCACUGCACUGAAACGGCUCAAGGAAAUCAUGGAUGGAAAGAGUCAGGACAGUGACCUGAAGCAGUACUGGAUGCCAGACAGCCAGUGCAAGGAAUGCUAUGAUUGUAACGAGAAGUUCACCACAUUUCGUCGGCGCCACCACUGCAGACUUUGCGGACAAAUAUUCUGCAGCCGCUGCUGCAACCAAGAGAUCCCCGGGAAAUUCAUGGGCUACACAGGAGACCUACGAGCCUGUACAUACUGUCGUAAAAUUGCGCUCAACUACGCCUACUCGGCCGAGUCUGGCUCCAUUGGUGAGGACCUGAACGUCUUGUCAGACUCUUCCUGCUCAGUGUGUGUAUUAGAACCCAAUGAACCACGGACACCCGUGGGUGGACGCAAGGCAAGCAGAAACAUCUUCCUGGAGGAAGAUCUCCCUUGGCAGAGUAUGAUCCAUCAAGAUCCUCAGAAGAGCGUCCUUCCUUCCAGACUGACAACGCUGCAAGAAGAUGUGGGUAAAUCUCCCACAAGGAAAAGGUCAGCCAGCGUUUCCAACCUUUCUCUGGAUCGCUCUGGCUCCAUGGUGCCUUCAUACGACAGCUCAGUCAGCCCACCCACUACCCGAUCCUUGACAGGCGCAAAGAGCGUCACCAAACUUGACCACAGCGAGGAAGAGAGGAAGAGCCUUCUGGACUCUUCGCAACUAAAGGAAUUGUGGAAAAAAAUCUGCCACAACAACACAGGAAUGGAGUUCCAGGACCACAGGUACUGGCUGAGGACCUACCCUAAUUGUAUUGUGGGAAAGGAGCUGGUAAACUGGCUGCUGAGGAACGGCACCAUCUCCAACAGGGCACAGGCAAUUGCCAUCGGCCAGGCGUUGGUUGAUGGCCGCUGGCUAGACUGCAUUACGCACAACGAUCAGCUGUUCAGAGACGAGUAUGCCCUUUACCGCCCCCUGCAGAGCACAGAGUUCUCCGAAACCCCGUCUCCUGACAGCGACAGCGUGAAUUCAGUGGAGGGGCAUUCUGAGCCGUCCUGGUUUAAGGACAUUAAGUUUGACGACAGUGACACGGAGCAAUUGGCAGAGGAGUCUGACUACAACAUAACAAGCUCUGCCAGCCUCAGCAAGAGAACGUCCGUCAGUAGCUCCCAGUCCGUGGUUGACAGCGACUCGGCUGCUUCCAUCAGCCUCAACAUGGAGCACAAUAAUGUCAACUUCCAUAUUAAGAAGCAGUCCAAGUAUCCACACGUGCCUUCCACUGCUGAGCAGAAAGCUGAAUUUCUGAUGUCAGAAGAUGGAGGACAAAACAUUGUGAUCAGCGAUGCCUUCAUCAAAGAGUCUCUCUUUAAUCGGCGUGUGGAGGAAAAGGCUAAAGAGAUGCUGUUCACACCUCUGGGUUGGCACCACAGCUCCCUGGACCAGCUGCGAGAAGAGAAUGGAGAGAAGAAGGCAAUGGAGAGGCUGCUCUCUGCCAAUCACAGCCACAUGAUGGCGCUACUACAGCAGCUUCUCUACAGUGAGUCGCUAUCACUGUCCUGGCGGGACAUCAUCGUCCCUGUUGUCCGACAGGUGGUCCAGACCGUGCGCCCCGAUGUCCGUAACUGCGACGACGACAUGGACAUAAGACAGUUGGUCCAUAUUAAAAAAAUUCCAGGGGGGAGAAAAUUCGAUUCAACUGUGGUUAAUGGCUUUGUAUGCACCAAGAACAUCGCCCACAAAAAGAUGAAUUCCUACAUCAAGAACCCUAAAAUCCUGCUGUUGAAGUGCUCCAUCGAGUAUCUGUACAGGGAGGAAACCAAGUUCACAUGUAUCGAGCCAAUUGUCCUACAGGAGCGAGAGUUUUUGAAGAAUUACGUUCAGCGGAUUGUGGAUGUCCGCCCGAACCUGGUGCUGGUGGAAAAGACAGUUUCUCGUAUUGCUCAGGACAUGUUGCUGGAGCACGGUAUCACCCUGGUGAUCAACGUCAAACCGCAAGUCUUGGACCGAGUGAGUCGGAUGACUCAAGGUGAUCUUGUGAUGUCCAUGGAUCAGCUCCUUACCAAACCUCGACUGGGUACCUGCCAUAAAUUCUUCAUGCAGCCCUUCACCCUGGCUAACGAUGAUGUCAAGACGCUGAUGUUCUUUGAAGGAUGCGCGGCCCACCUGGGCUGCUCCAUCAAACUACGUGGCGCCUCUGAGUAUGAGCUGGCUCGCGUGAAAGAGAUCAUCAUGAUGAUGGUGUGCGUGGCCUAUCACUCACAGUUGGAGAUCUCCUUCCUCAUGGAUGAGUUUGCCAUGCCACCCAGUUUGGCCCAGAGCACUUCUUUUCCUUGUCUGCUAGAUGGCAUGUCUUCCAAGGGUGAAGCAGAAGCAGAACAGACUGACGUAGAGAGCCACAGCACAUCUGUGAGAAUGUCUGAUGAUGAUUCUGUAACUCUUGGACAGCAAGAAGAAGACUUGUUUCCCCCUGGAAUGGAGAUCAGCCAGGACCAUCUAAGAUCAUGUGCAUCGUCUGUCCAAAGUGAGGAAAUUGGAAUCAAAGAAAGUUUAACUUCUUCACCGUUUUCCAGCGCUCCUGCUCCUCCUCUAUCAGUAUCUCCGCCGUUUCUCAUGGACGAAGAUCAGCAAGAGACGGCCAGCAUGUUCAGUAAGACCUUUGAUAAUGACACUUCGGCGCAAGUAAACCACGAAAAGGAAGAGAUGGAAAGCGCCGAGGAUAAGGGAACAGAAACGUCAACACCCAGGUUGUUCCGAGACCCUCUGCAAGAUGACACGGGCAUGUUUGUGGCCGAGCAGGUGACUUCGACCGAUGACCGCUUGAAGUCCAUCUCAGCUGUCUUCAAGCAAGAGUUGAAGGACAUCAUUUUGUGCAUCUCGCCCUUUAUUACAUUCCGAGAACCGUUCCUUCUCACAGCUGCUGGAAUACACUGCCCCAGCAGGGAUUACUUCCCUGAAAAGGUCUACCUGUCUCCCCUCCUCAACAAGGAUUUAAAAGAGCUUGACGGGCGCCGGAAGCGACAGCUUCUGAAAGACUCUGUGUCAUCCUCGGUGGCCGGCAGUCAGACCAACAGCGUCGCUUCAAUUAGGCCUGUCGACUAUCUCCCGUGCCACGGACUCACCAGUACACGUAUCAUUGAGCAAUUGAGCAGUAGCCAGGACCUCGCCAAUAUGCUGGCAGAGUACAGAGCAAAGGGAGGGCGGAUCCGGCAGAGGGAAGCAUCCAAUGACCCUUUCAAUGCUGCCAGCACAUCCGGUCCUGUGAACGGCCACAACAAGCCUGAGGAAACGCCAUCGCCACCCGUGAAAGGGCCAGUAAAGGCCGAUAGUGAAGAUGACAAACCAAGCAAACAGAAUGAAAUGAGUUUGGCCCCCAAGAUGGACUGCCUAACGCCUGUCAAUCAUCAGCGACUAUGCGUACUCUUCAGUAGCUCUUCAGCUCAGUCCAGCAAUGCUCCAAACCCCUGUGUCAGCCCUUGGAUUGUCACCAUGGAGUUCUAUGGAAAGAAUGACCUUUCACUAGGUGUGUUCUUGGAGAGAUACUGUUUCAGGUCCUCUUACCAGUGUCCCAGCAUAUUUUGUGAGACUCCUAUGGUGCACCACAUCCGCCGUUUUGUGCACGGUAACGGCUGUGUGCAGAUUGUGUUAAAGGAGCUGGACUCACCUGUUCCCGGUUACCAGCACACCAUCCUCAACUAUUCUUGGUGCCGCAUCUGCAAACAGGUGACACCUGUUGUGCCACUGUCCAAUGACUCAUGGUCCAUGUCUUUUGCCAAAUACCUGGAGCUCCACUUUUACGGCCACCAGUAUACCAGGCGGGCCAAUGCGGAGCCGUGCGGUCACUCCAUCCACAAAGACUACCACCAGUAUUUCUCCUACAACCAGAUGGUGGCCUCCUUUAGCUACACCUCAGUGAGACUUCUGGAGAUCUGCCUUCCCCGUCCCAAGAUUUUCAUCAGGAAUCUGGGGCCUUCCAAAGCCAUCCUACAGCAGGACCUGAAAGACUUCUCCCAAAAAGUACUGCAGGUUUACUUGGCUAUCGAUGACCGCCUCACCUCCCUAAAGACGGAGACCUUCAGUAAAACACGAGAGGAAAAGAUGGAGGAUCUCUUCGCCCAGAAAGAUAUGGAAGAGGCUGAGCUGCGCAACUGGAUUGAGAAGCUCCAAGCACGACUUCAGGCAUGUGGUUUGGAUUCUCCACAGCAGCUUCAGACCGUGCUGGAGUCUCUUGUAGUCAAGAAGCAAAGCCUCUGUGAGAUGCUGCAGUCGUGGAACAGCAGGCUGCAAGACUUAUUCCAACAGGAAAAAGGCCGCAAGCGUUUGUCCGUCCCCCCGAGCCCGGGCCGCCACCGACAGACCGCCACCGACGACAGCAAGGUCAGUGCUCGGAGCACUCUGGAAUCUUCACCACGUAACCCCUCACCAGUGGUGCAGAAUGGUGACAAAGAGGACCGUCUCCUCAACACAAUGCCCUCCACAUCCUCCUCAUCCACCGUGCUGCUGUCUCCCGGGGAACCUGGAGCUGAACCUGUCACCCCCGGCCCCUCUUUCACAGAGCCAGACUCUGUCAGCAUCCCAGAAGAUGUGUUUGACGGACACUUGUUGGGCUCCACUGACAGUCAGGUGAAGGAAAAGUCCACCAUGAAGGCUAUUCUGGCAAAUUUUUUGCCAGGCAACAGCUACAACUCCAUUCCUUUCCCUUUUGACCCGGACAAGCACUACCUGAUGUAUGAACAUGAACGGGUGCCAAUUGCAGUGUGCGAGAAGGAACCAAGCUCCAUUAUCGCUUUUGCACUCAGCUGCAAGGAGUACAAAACAGCACUGGAUGAUUUAUCCAAGGUGUCCAACACCGUAGUGGACGAGGUAUCACAAACCAACAGUAGUGGAGAGAGCCGAGCAAAGGGCAGCCCCGCCAGGCUCGCAGAGUCAUCCGUGCAGAGCCGUACCAGCAUAGAAGCCGACCCGCUUAAGGAUGCUGACGUGGCCGAUAAACAGAAGAAGCAAUCUCAGAAUCCACACAUUGAGCUGCAAUUUUCAGACGCCAACGCCAAGUUCUACUGUCGCAUCUAUUACGCGGAUGAGUUCCACAGGAUGCGCGAAGAGAUUUUGGAGAGUGCGGAGGAGGAUUUUGUUCGUUCGCUAUCCCAUUGUGUCAACUGGCAGGCACGUGGUGGAAAGUCGGGAGCAGUCUUCUAUGCCACUGAAGAUGACCGGUUCAUCCUGAAGCAGAUGCCCAGACUGGAAGUCCAGUCCUUCUUGGACUUCGCUCCUCACUACUUUACCUACAUUACAGGAGCUGUGCAGCAGAAGAGGCCGACUGCUCUGGCGAAGAUUCUCGGCGUUUACCGCAUCGGGUACAAAAACUCUCAGAACAACACAGAAAAGAAAUUGGACCUACUUGUGAUGGAAAACCUUUUUUAUGGACGCAAAAUGGCCCAGGUGUUCGACCUGAAAGGCUCUCUGCGAAACCGCAACGUGAAGACCGACUCGGGCAAGGAGAGUUGCGAAGUAGUGCUGCUGGACGAAAACCUGCUCAAGCUCAUCUACGACAACCCGCUGUACAUCCGCUCGCACUGCAAGUCGGUGCUGCGCGCCGCCAUUCACAGCGACGCCUACUUCCUGUCCAGCCACCUCAUCAUUGACUACUCGCUGCUGGUGGGACGCGACGACGCCACCGAUCAGCUAGUGGUCGGGAUCAUCGAUUACAUCAGGACUUUCACUUGGGAUAAAAGGCUGGAAAUGGUCGUCAAAUCCACUGGAAUUCUGGGAGGACAAGGAAAGAUGCCCACCGUAGUGUCACCCGAGCUGUACCGUGCCCGCUUUUGCGAGGCCAUGGACAAAUACUUCCUCAUGGUGCCUGACCACUGGACUGGAUUAGGGGUCAACUGUUGA